GUAAUUCCUCGCUAUAAAAAAGUGGGCGCGAAUAUUCCUCUAAAAACGAUAAUCCACGUCAGAUAUUGACGAGCGAGAUACUAGAGCGCGGUUGCCUUCCGCACGCGGUGCCGUUCAGGCUUCGAAUUGAAAUUGAAAUUGCACGAGGCGGCGUCGAGGCGUCGGAAGAUUCGCAUGGAGUUCAUAAUGCACAAUCUUCGCGUUCUUCGAGGAUGAUGCGUCGGGGACGAGGCUUUGACGACGAAGCACUCGUUAGGUUUCGUUACUCGCAUCGCUGCGCUGCGGGCUGUUCCUGCAGCGCUUGAGGGUCUCGUCCCGAUGCAGCACAGGAUUGCGCCCGACAGUCGGUCGACGACUUGAUGCCCAUGGCAACCACCGGGUGGUUGCACAUUGUUACACCCUCCUGAUUCGGAAUAAUUUCUCGGCUACUAUUCGAGUACAGAGCCUGGAGCAAAGAUUGUAGCAGUGACAUUAUUGUGGCUGGUCCGAGCUGGGUACUGAAUGCCCGUCACCGUUAGUCUCUGGCCUCCUAAGUUAGGGUCUCAAAGUUCGACGUUUCACAAACUCCAGAUUUCGAGACGAAGGAAAGCAGGGAGGCCGAGUACGUCUGCCGGCGACAACGAUAUGUUCUUUUCAGAGAUCAUCUGUCCACCUUUUCUUCAAUUUGGAUCAGUCUGGCCGUAUUGGGAAGAGAGUCCUAAAGCAAGAAAGGACAGAAUUAGGAAUCUAUAGAACCGACAUUUGCAAGAUACAUCAGUUUAUAGUUUGGUGAAUGAUGAUAUAGAAGAAGAAUGUGAUAGUAACUACGUGGUGAGGUGAGGAGCCGUGAUCGCACUAAGUGAAGUCGAGAGGCCAGAGUUAGGGAUAUGUACAAUAAGACCCAUUAUCUACCAGUAAAGACAAAGCGAUAUUGGAAAAGAAAAUCAGCAGAGUUUAAUCCAUUUUACGACACUUUUUACGACUUUUAAAGGUACAUGUAUCCAU